GUGAUGCACGUGUGCUAUCAGGGAAGUGUGGGUAUUUGGACAAGGGGUCUGAAUUUAAUAGUGCAGUUCUUCGUUUUUCCUGAAACGAGUUACAUUUUCCUCGAUCCCAAGCGUUCAGCCAAUCGCAUGCGAGUGUGGGCGUGGCCUGACGCUAAACGUGUUCCGUGUGGAAAGUUCACCGGUCCGGGUGCAAAGUUUCAGCCGUCUGCAGACGAGAGACAGAAGACGAGCACAAAAACCGGAUCAAAGAGUCGCUUACCGUCUGCCGGCGUGAACGAGUUCAGUUAUGGGAUAUUAACCCGAAGUGGUAUCGUGUUCAUUUACAGCUUUGUUCGUCUGGCGGCGGAAUCAUGGCCUGCGCGCCGAACCGGGUUCGCUUGCUCUGCAUGCUGUCGCUCACCUUCGGCUUUUUCAUCGUGGAGGUGGUGGUGAGCCGGAUCACGUCUUCUCUAGCGAUGCUGUCGGACUCCUUUCAUAUGCUGUCGGACGUGAUCGCGCUGGUCGUGGCUCUGGUGGCGGUGCGUUUCGCGGAGCAGACCCAGUCCACCAACAAAAACACGUUCGGCUGGAUCCGGGCCGAGGUGAUGGGCGCGCUGGUCAACGCCGUGUUCCUCACCGCGCUCUGCUUCACCAUCAUCCUGGAGGCCGUCGAGCGCUUCACGGAGCCCCAUGAGAUCGAGAAGCCCGAGGUGGUGAUUGGGGUGGGGGCUGCGGGGCUGCUAGUCAAUCUGGUUGGGCUCUGUCUCUUUCAUGGGCACGCCGGGCGCGGACACGGCCAUUCCCAUGGAGGACACGGCCACGGCCACGGGGACACAAAAACACAAGAACGGGAAGGUGCGCCGGUGUCAUCUUGCAGACGUAUGUGUGUUAUCACUGCUCGAGGGAUACUCUUGCCUUGUCCAAAACCCACACUUGCUGUCUUGGCCACUUGA